CUCGAACUGUGUUUUUCUUUAAUUGGGAUUUACAGAAAAUUCGACGAGAGAGAAGCAGAAGGUGAAGAAUAUCGAAGAUGAUUCACAGAAAAUGGAGCUUGUUAACCGGUCCUGUGGCUAUACUCGGCGGAAUCGUCGGUAGUAUUGUCGUCGCUAAUUUUAUCUUUGUCCAAAAUGAUCCCUUUCUUAAGCCAGAACGAAAGCUGGAGAAGGCACCUUCAACCAAGUAGAAAUAGUAGAUUGUGUGAAAUUCUCUGGUUUGAGGUUUUCCGCUUGUUAGGUUCAUUACAUUUGGGCCCAAUAAAGUGAACAUCUGAGCAAUCAAAGCUUGAAUGUAGGUUUUCAUUUGUCAUUUAUCUUGGCUUUCUUUCUGAACUCAUUCAAAUCACUUUAUAAAAUAUGAAACUAUCUGCCCUCAAACAAAAGUUGGGUCUCCUGUUUUGUGAUGCUUUAUUCGGGUUAUGAAUAUAAUAAGAAUCUGGAAAUGGUGUGAGAUUAA